AAGAUCAAAACUGGAAGCACCAUAUACAUAUCUAAUCCAGCUACAUGUCUAUUUGUAGUAGAAUUCUUUCAGGAUUUGCAAUACAUGUUUGAAGGGUUUAUGAAACCAUGGGUUGGAACCUAAGAUGGUUUUUACUAGGCACUAUACUGAUUUCUGUGGAAGCCAAGUCCCCAAGUAACAUAGCUGUGAUAGGAGGUGGAAUCGGUGGCGCAUCUUCAGCACACUACCUGAGGAAGCUAUUCGGCGACGAUGUCUCCAUCGACAUGUACGAGCCGCGUAAGGUUGGAGGUCGUCUAGCUACAGUGAAGAUUGGUGACGAGGAGUUUGAAUCCGGAGGGAGCAUCAUCCACGCUAAAAACCACUACAUGGUGAAGUUUGCUGAAGAACUAGGUUUGAAACACAGGAAAACCUUCCCUGGUCACUUUGCGCUGUACAACGGACAAGAGUUUGUCUUCACGGAGAGCAGUUGGAGUCUUGUCACGCUCGCCAAGUUACUAUGGCGAUACGGAUGGGACUGCGUGUGGCUGAAUAGUUUGAUUGGACGAACUUUGACCAACUUUGAGAACAUAUACACCCUACAGGAUGCUGGAAAUGCCUACAGUUCUGUGGAGGAACUUCUCUAUGCCAUGGGUGGAGCCAAGUUUGUCAACAUGACACAGACAUCCACCGCACAGGGGCUGAAAGAGGAGGGUUUCUCACCGAGGUUCAUCAACGAACUGGCCAUGGCAGCCAAUAGAGAAAACUAUGGACAAACUGUAGAUGUUCCCUUCUUUGUUGGUGCUGUGUCAUUGGCAGGUGCCCAGCCAGGCCUGUGGUCAGUGGAGGGAGGGAACAAAAGAGUCCCGGAGGAACUAGUCAAGGCCGCCAAGGUCAACCUCAUUCCUGGUGAGGUGUCCAAGGUCACGUUAAAAAAUUCCGACGAUCGUCCCAAAUUCCUACUCCAGUACCAGCUUAAAGACCCCAAUAAUAACCAAAUCCUGACCGAGCAGAAAGGCUACGACAUUGUCAUUGUCGCUACCCCCCUUAACGAAGGAAUGAGCAACAUCACGUUUACUAAUUUCCCGACCCCAUUGCCAGAAAUAAAGGGUAAGUUCCACAGAACCGUGGCGAAUUUCGUACGCGGUAAGUUGAACGCCGAAUAUUUUGGUAUUUCGGACCCAAAAGCUGCUCCCACAGGCAUUAUGACCAUUAACGCUGAUGUCAUGUUCAACAGUAUAGGCAAACACACACCAUUAAACAUCUCAAAAGGCUAUACCCCCGUAGGGCCCGAAAGUGAGGACGCUGUGUGGAAGGUAUUCUCCCAGCGCCCGUUGGCAGACUCGGAGAUUGCUCAGUUAUUUACGGUGGUGAAAGAUAGCCAGGUUGUCGAUUGGCUGGCGUACCCACACUACGCUAGCCCCGGACAUCUAGAGACUUUUGUUCUCUACGAUGGGCUGUACUAUGUGAAUGGUAUAGAGUGGGCUGCCUCUGCUAUGGAGAUGAGUGCAAUAGGAGGGAGAAAUGUGGCGCUACUGUCAUACAACUGGUGGCAUGGGUUAGAUGGAAAGGUAGAUACUGGAAGGACAACCAAAACAGAGCUCUGAGUGCAAGGUCUGUGUUAAGGUGCGCUCCCACCGCACUUGUGUCAAGCUUGCGCCACUGCGGAGUUCGAGAGAUACUCAGAGAAUUUUAGAGAUAAACAAAGAAUUUUCUUUCUUUUAGCAUAUUUUGUUGUCUUCUAAGUCAUACUUUUAUGUAUUACGCAAUAUCUAAACUAUAAAAAAUCGGAGAAAAUAACAAAACAUGUUGACGCAGUGAAAGAACCCCACGGUGACACAAGCUUGACACAAGCACACCUUUAGAGGAAGUCAAUAUGUUAUAAAAUUACUUUAUUACCCAACAAUUAUACAAAGUGCAAUUCAUUGGCAUGCAAA